GGGAACAUCCGAAACAGAGCACGCACAAAGCUUCCUCUAUCUACAGAGAGAGAUAGAGAGAGAGAGAGAGAAGAGAGCGUCGUAACAGCUACUACUGCUCGGCUCUUCCCUCGAGAAGAAGAAGAAGAAGGUGAAGGUCCCGCUGGAGCUCGAGACCGUUACAGAGAUGGCACCACCCAGCAUUACCGAAAAUGUUCAGAAGGGUGCCACUACUCAUCCUGCACCGCAUCUGCCUCUUAACGAAAGGAUCCUUUCAUCAAUGACCCGGAGGUCUGUUGCUGCACACCCUUGGCACGAUCUUGAGAUAGGUCCUGGAGCUCCAACUGUUUUCAACUGUGUGAUUGAAAUUAGUAAAGGAAGCAAGGUGAAAUAUGAACUUGACAAGAGGACUGGACUGAUCAAGGUUGACCGUGUGCUUUACUCAUCAGUUGUGUAUCCCCACAACUAUGGUUUCAUUCCCCGCACUCUCUGCGAGGACAAUGACCCGCUAGAUGUCCUGAUCAUCAUGCAGGAGCCUGUUCUUCCUGGAUGCUUUCUUCGGGCUAAAGCUAUAGGCCUCAUGCCUAUGAUAGAUCAGGGUGAGAAAGAUGACAAGAUAAUUGCUGUAUGCGCGGACGAUCCUGAGUACCGACACUAUAAUGACAUUAAGGAUCUCCCUCCUCAUCGUUUGGCUGAAAUCCGUCGCUUCUUUGAAGAUUACAAGAAAAAUGAGAAUAAGGAAGUUGCAGUGAAUGAUUUUCUUCCUGCCUCUACUGCCUUUGAAGUAAUCCAGCACUCCAUGAACCUCUAUGCCGACUACAUUGUGGAGAGCUUGAGGCGGUAGCCGACCCCAGUUAACAUGGUGGUGCGGGUCUCCAUGCCCCGGUCCUCUUUGUGUAGAUGACGACGAUAGUACAAAUCUUUCAUAUUCUUUAUAAGCAAAUUGUAUUUGUGUUUGGUGCAAGAAAUGGCAUCAUAAUGUCGUGUUUGUAUUUACAGCUCAUGGAUGAUGUUUUGUAUUUCAACAGAGGAGAUUAAAAACUUGGGGCAUGUGUUUCCA